CACAGCCACUGCCCUCUCCUCCAUAUUCUCCUCUUGUGACUGUACAGUCCCUUAGAUGAGGAAGACCGCACCUUGAAUGAGCGCUAGCUGAAACUGGAGAUGUACAUGUGAAGGGUUGGCUUUCAACAUUUCCUUUUUUUCUCUUCUGCUUCUUCUAACCAUAGGCAGUCACGGGGCAUUAGGAUAUUAACAUACAAUGCUGUUGUCUUUAUUGUUUUAAGUAAAACUUGUCACUGAAGCCAGGUACUUAUAAUCACGGAAAGGUGAAGGAGAUGAAAGACAGCUUGGUACAUGUAGAGCCGGACGACUGUUUUUUUCUCCCUCUAUUUCCACACAAAGUUCCUAUGUUUUUCUGCUGCGAGAGUUGGGGAACUGUUCUGUGAGCUACCUGCCAUCAGAAAAUCGAAGGACAAUUUCUUUGUAGAUAUUUUUGGAAAUUUAUUUUAUUUUAUUUAUCCUGUGGGAAAAGAGAGCAACUUUAUUCCAGUGUGUGUUCCAACAGGCACCCAGACUGAUUGGAGCGUCAGUCAGACAGCGAGCCAUGCGAGGGCAGCGCGUAGCAGAUUGUGUGCGUAGACCAUGUGGAGGCUGGACAGUGGUUGUCUGGCUGCUGUUGUCCCUGCUAGGUUCCCUGCUACUGGUGGGCAUCAGUGGGAUUCUGCAGAUCGAUAUGACCAAAAUCAGCAGACGAGCCAUAUCCACCAAUAGCACGACGACGAUGACUGCCAUGAAGACAACGCAUUCUCAAGUGCGUCUGGUGAACGGGCGUAACAGGUGUGAGGGGCGUGUGGAGGUUUGGCACAACGGGACAUGGGGUACAGUGUGUGAUGAUGACUGGGACAUGGUAGAUGCCAACGUGGUGUGUCGGCAGUUGGACUGUGGUCUGGCCAUGGCGGUGGGCAGCAUCUCAGAGUAUGGCCAGGGCUCAGGGCCCGUCCUGCUGGACAAUGUAGACUGCAAAGGAGGGGAGACAGACCUGGGACAGUGUGGAAGUCUGGGCUGGGGCAUCCACAACUGUUACCACUAUGAGGACGUGUCUGUCACAUGCAAAGAUACAUCAGUGCUGGAGUCACGGGGCAUGGGCGAGCCCACCACUCCGUCUAGGAGAAACUCAGGGUUAAGAGAUGGUACAAUCCGGUUAGUUGGUGGACUGGACUACUGCCAGGGACGGGUGGAGGUCUACUACCGUGGCAGCUGGGGGACGGUGUGUGAUGACGACUGGGGUAUGAGAGACGCAGGGGUGGUGUGCCAGCAGAUAUACUGUGGCCAUGCCGUUUCCUCCACCACCAACGCCUAUUUUGGCUACGGGACAGGCCUGAUUCUACUGGACAACGUCAACUGUAAUGGCUACGAGAACCAGCUGAGUAAGUGCUACAGCCUGGGCUGGGGGAUACACAACUGUGGACAUCAUGAGGACGCUGGGGUUAUCUGUUCAGGCUCAGGAUCCACUACCGUUCCUCCUAUGAACACUGAAACCAUGGGCAUGGGAAGGGGAUUCUUUCAGACUGCCAGCACUGCAGUAACCGACCAAACAGAAUUAGUCACCGAAGCAACUACGGCUGUGACAGCGGUUGCUAUGACAACAAGAGAGCGGCCCACCAUCCGCGUGGUGAAUGGUAACAGCAGCUGCCAGGGCCGUGUGGAGGUGUUCCACAACAACCAGUGGGGCACGGUGUGUGACGAUGACUGGGAUCUGCCCAAUGCCCAGGUGGUGUGUAGGCAUCUGGGCUGUGGCCCUGCCAUCUCUGCCAAGGUCCUGGCCUACUUCGGCUACGGCUCGGGCCCCAUCCUGCUGGACAAUGUGGACUGUAGGGGCAGUGAAGGGGAGCUGUCGGCUUGUUUCCACCUGGGCUGGGGACAGCACAACUGUGGACAUCAUGAAGACGCUGGAGUCAUCUGUACACCCUUUCAGCUUGUGGGACCUGGAAAUGACUUCGGGAUGACAGAGAGAACGCCCACCACUAGACCACCAAGUGAAGGCCUGGCGAGGUUGGUGGGCGGGCAGCACCGCUGCGAGGGCCGGGUGGAGAUGUUCUCAGGGGCGGAAUGGGGUACGGUGUGCGACGAUGCCUGGGACAUGCCUGAUGCCCAGGUGGUGUGUCGCCAGCUGGGCUGUGGGGAGGCUGCUACGGCCCGUGUGGAGGCCUUCUUUGGGCCCGGCAGCGGCACCAUCCUCCUGGACAAUCUGAAGUGCAGCGGCUCUGAGGCCUCUCUCCAGCAGUGCUCCCACAUAUCCUGGGAAGUGCACAACUGUGACCACUCUGAAGACGCCGGCGUCACCUGCUCACUGUCGUGAUUCCAGCAGUGAUUCGCCGCCAUGGAGCCGCCAAACUCCUCCCAACUCCACUGCCAACUAAUAGGACGGGCGCCAUGGGUAGCACAACCCGGGACUUGUAAACAUUAUGUAAAUAACAGCUCAUCCCAAUGC